GAGGACCUCAUUCGUGUGCCUUGCAUUCUCCUUAUUCACAUCCUUUUCUUGCCGGCUACUCCACUGUCAUUACAAACGCACUCGCCUCAUCCUUUCUUCCUACACUUCACUUGAAUACCACACUAAUCUCAUCUCAACAGCUCGGCAACCCUAGAACCGCUCGUCUACUUCUUAUACUUAACUCCAAUAGACACACCAAUUCAUCUUUGCAUACUAGAUAACAUACCCAAUGAUCCAGAACUGGGCUUCUGUUUGCGUUCGCUGUCAUGGCCCAGAUGACAAUGGCUCAAAGACUGAAGGCAGGGCCUUCUUUCAUAAUGAAGCGGGGUAUUCCACAUUUACUGCGUCGGGUGUUGCCCUGAAUUCGGGUCUUGUCGUAACAAGUGCAAGUCUUCUUAGACCGUUCCUGAUGGAUAAGCUUUCUUCCUAUGGUGAAAUGGUUCUUUGCGCAAACUCUGGUGUAGAUGUUCUCUUUGAGAGCAACAUCGAUGAUGAUGGUAAUGAGUCAUGGAUCAUAGCAGACCUAAUUACUGUCGUGGAGGCAGAAGGAAUGCUUUCUGCGAUCCGAAGAUUGACUGGUCAAGAUUCUUCUAUGUGGGCUUUUGGCUGGGAUUCGAAUAAGAGACAGAUUGGCACUGACCUGAGUUCCAUUCAUAGAUUCUCGCUCAGAAACGUGGGCAUUGCAGGCUUGGCAAUUCUUCGCUUAAGAAAAUCCAUGGCAGAGAAAUCUUUACUUCUUGACGGACGACCCGCGUUAAGUGAGCAACAUCCCUAUCAUUUGUCCAUUCCAUCUAUCGGGAAGAAAUUGACACUUCAUGGUUCAGGUUUUGGACUGAUUGCACCAUCAGUCCUCAUUAACAACAUCAGCCAAGGUGUUGUUGCCAAUAUUAUUCAUCCUUAUCGUGCCGCCCGCAGAGCAGAUCAACAAGCCAAUUCCCUGAUUCUAACGGAUGCCAAGUUUUUACCUGGAAUGGAGGGUGGAGCUGUCAGCUGGGAUGAGACUGGAGAGCUAGCGGGUUUGAGUAUGCUUCCCAUCAGGAGGACGGAUGGUGAGCCAGUGGACAUCAGUCUUGUCAUUCCAGCAGCAUGCAUCAUCUCAGCAAUCUCGCCCUUCCUCACGAUACCCAAACAGUCCCUUCUCCCAGACCAUAUCGCAGCUCUGAACUCAGGCUCGCUGGUGUAUGCCCGCCAAGCAGUUGUGAUGGUUCAAGUUGGUCAGACGUGGGCUUCUGGCGUCAUCAUUUCCAAGCAGGGGCAUAUUCUUACCAAUGCACAUGUGUUUACUUCAUUUCUGGAUAAUAUCAGUAAUCGAACGUGGCCCAAUUUGAGAAAUGGAGUAUCACUUCGCGUCAGAAUUGAUUCACCACAGCAACAGCAAUGGGUGGACGACUGUGAGUUGAUAUUUGUUUCCGAGUCAUGUUGGGACGUGGCAUUGAUCAAAAUCCCUGAGACCUGCGUCCUGAAUGGUUUCCUACCCUUUCUACCUUUACGGAGCAAAGAUGAUAUAUCGAGAGCCAAGCCAAUCGUCAAAGGAACGCCGCUGUUUGCGAUCGGGCAUGGAAUCUUUGGGCCAUCAUCUGGUAUCCUACCGCUAGUAACCUCUGGAAUUUGCAGCAAGGUUAUUACUCAUAACAAACAGCCCGUCAUGCUACUCAGUAGUGCGCCAGUCCAUCGUGGCAAUAGUGGCGGCGUCCUUGUCAAUGCCGACGGCUCUUUUGUUGGCCUUGUCACAGGCAAUGGAAAGACGUCAACGGGCAGGACAAUUACGCAUCUUAACUUUGCUAUACCGGUAGAGGCAAUCACCACCCCCAUAAACUCCUACUUGGCAGACGAGGAUCGCAAAUGGUUGGAUCACUUGAAUACUCCUCCUAUAAGAGUCGAUGAUAUAUGGUGUCUACGCGGAGUUGCUCCAGUCUGGGAAGCACUUGAGAAAGUACAUCAAGUUCCCAGCAAGUUGUAGAAUAAAAUUAUCAAUCAUCUAGUCUUGUACAGCCAAAUAAAAAAUUUUAAUAAGUUCAUUACUUAGUUAUAAGUAGCUAUUGCUGGGAACGGUUUUUUAGGGGUUGACGCUAGCUGACGAGAGAUCGCAUAUUAUCUUUUCUCUUUUUUUUCUUCUCACGCUGUUCUUAUUUGCUUAUCUGUUUCGUUUUAUUAAGUUAAAUCCUAUAUUUCGCAGAAAGAGAUGAUAAGUCUUUUUUUGUAAAGACAGAGUCGCUCCGUCCUACAUAGGCAUGCAGUUGGUUGAAAAUGUCCCGUAAAUACUUCUUAUCAGGUACAUCGGACAUAAACAACAGGGAUAUUGAAAACCGGUCAACCUUUACAAGGCUCGAUAAGGUGUUGUAUAUAAGCUCAGGACUUUCAUAACUAAAAGAUAAAGUAGCGAAUGCGUGUUAUUUUUUUAUUUUUUUGCUACUUUAUCGUUCGCCUGUUGAAAUUCAUAUAUUGCAAUACUGAUUCC